AUGACGCAGGGAAUAGUGGUAAACGACGGACACGGACUUCUGAUCAAGGCGACUGGAGACCUCAAAUACACGGCGAACGACCAGAAAAAUGGUUUUUUUACUUGUAUUGCUGAGAAAGCCAUCGAUUUGGGUCAAUUUGCCGAGGAAAACGAAGAUGAUGACGUCACCGAGCCGGGAGACAACAAGCCGCUUCCGAUCGUGCGCCUGGAGACGAACAGACGAUCAUUGUUGAUUGCCAAAUUCGAGACGGGCAAACGAGAGCGCACGCUUGUAGUGUCAAAGUUACGGGGACGAGAAGAUGGCGAGUAG